AUUCAAUCUGUAAUUGCAAGCAAAGUCUACAUUUUUCAUUUACUUUUUAGUUUUAUAUUUCUGUCUUCUCUCUCUCUCUCUCUCUCUCUCUCUCUCUCUCUCUCGCCUGUUUGGUCACCAACUAUCCCUUUCUUUGAUCCAAAAUAUGAAACUAACGAAGAAAAACACACACCCUUUUGUUUAAUGUUUAGUCAUUAUUUUACGAGUGUUAUGUCCCUUUACUUGAGUUUCUAAUAUCCUCAUCUCUCUGCGUGUUUAUCUGUAGAUGGAGACUAUAUGGUGUUGGAGCUACUUUACUUGUGUCUUAUUUUUCCACCUAUUUCGAGAUAUAAACAACUCUAAGCUUCAACUUUAAUCGAGUGUUUCUGCCCCACACACAUCUUCUUUCUAUUUCUUACCCACAUUCUUGAAGCUUGAUAUCAUCAUUGUUUGAAAAUUUCAUAGCUUUUUAUAUGAACUUCUCAUUUCUAGGUUUUCUUGAAAGUUUUUAGUCGCAUCCUUUAAGUUUCUAAGAAAACCCACAAAUUUCAAGACAUAAAUUCCUUCAGUUUUUGAGUAAAUCAGACAAGUUUGUGGUGUUUCCUGCUAAUUUAAGUCUUCUUUUUUGGCACAGUUUUCUAGGCGUCGAAGAACAUGUCCCAAAUGGAAGCAGAAAAUGGCGAUGGCAAGUCGAAGAUGGAUGAUUAUGAGGUUAUUGAACAGAUUGGUAGAGGCGCUUUUGGAGCUGCUUUUCUUGUUCUCCAUAAGAUUGAAAAAAAGAAGUAUGUCAUGAAGAAGAUUAGGUUGAAUAAGCAAACAGAGAAGUUUAAGAAGACAGCGCAUCAAGAGAUGGAUUUGAUAUCACGACUUAAUCAUCCAUAUGUUGUGGAGUACAAGGAUGCUUGGGUGGAUAAGGCGGGAAUAUGCAUAGUGACUGCUUAUUGUGAAGGAGGAGACAUAGCCGAGCUUGUACGAAAGGCUAGAGGAGCAUAUUUCCCGGAAGAGAAACUCUGCAAAUGGCUAACACAAUUAUUAUUGGCAUUGGAUUACUUGCAUACGAAUCGUGUCCUUCAUAGGGAUUUGAAGUGUUCCAACAUAUUCCUCACAAAGGAGAACGAUAUCCGUCUUGGUGACUUUGGACUUGCAAAACUUCUCAAUUCAGAAGACCUUGCUUCCUCGGUUGUGGGCACACCCAACUACAUGUGUCCAGAACUCCUUGCAGACAUUCCUUAUGGCUAUAAAUCUGAUAUUUGGUCACUUGGUUGUUGCAUGUUUGAAAUUUGUGCACAUCAACAACCAUUUCGAGCUCCCGAUAUGUCGGGACUUAUCAACAAGAUAAACAGAUCCACGAUUUCUCCUCUCCCCAUCGUAUAUUCUUCAACAUUGAAACAGAUCAUAAAAACCAUGUUAAGGAAAAGUCCGGAACAUAGACCAACAGCGGCAGAACUGCUAAGACACCCACACUUACAACAUUACCUCCUAAAAUGUCACAACCCGUCUUCUGUAUUUCUACCCGUGAAGCCUCCAAAUAGCCCAAAAGACAAUAAAACUCCAAAAAAACAUUCACCCAUGAAACAAAACGACACAAAAGAAAAAGAACGUGAUGUACAAGUCCUUAAGCAGAAAGUACAAGUCACAAACGAGAACGCUGAAAUCCCGGUUAGAAGUUUACACAACAACCCGAUAUUCAUGGAAGAAACAAAUCUCGAGACCAAAAGAGUGGACCCCACGAGUUAUUUUAGUGGGGACACAAGUUGCGAGACAACAACGGUUUGCAACGGGGAUGGGCCGGAAAAAGUGAGCAUGAAAUCGAGUUCUCUGGAUCUUCUUUCGAAUGGAGAGCAAGAGGAAACAAGUCCUCAAAUUCUCGAAAAACGUGACGAGGGUAUUUUGGGAAAUGAGAAAAAAGAUAAUCUUGUGGAGGAGACUACUACAUCGAACACAGGUGAAUUGGGCGAUGAAGAGAAUGUAUCGAAUCGGGUGAUUAUUUGUGAGGUGGAUACGGAGGAGCAACUGCAACCGCAACUACAACCGAGAGCCGUUGAGUCUGAACCGGUUAAGCCGGUUGUGGACCAGGAGGCUGAGAAGGGUGCACCGGUGGCUGAACCAGAACCAUCGUCUGAAUGGCUGAACCCGACUCAACAAAGAGCUGAUGCGUUAGAGUCUUUGCUUGAGUUAUGUGCAAGGUUGCUAAAACAAGAGAAACUUGAAGAGCUUGCUGCUGUUUUGAAACCGUUUGGGGAAGAAACGGUUUCUUCAAGGGAAACAGCGAUUUGGUUGACUAAAAGUCUCAUGGGUGCACAGAAAUUUGCGGGUGGUGGAUCUUGAAAUCUUGGAUUCGUGUUGAGAUUAUUGACUUUUUUUUUUUGGAUAGUUUGAUAGAGUUAAGUGUGUAUCUAUGAGUAUGAAUGGUUUUGGGAGUUUAAAAGAGGAUUUGAGUAACUUUGUCCUUUGAAAUGUGUGGGGGGUGGUAUUUCUUGGUGUAAAUACGUUGACUAUCUCCCACACUUUAAGCAUGCAAAGGGCUAAAAAAUUUAACUUUUUUUGUUUGUGUGUUUGGUUGUUGGUGUGGGAUCUUUCUUAUAUGGGUGUUGUAAGGUUGUUUAUGAAAGCCAAGUUUCAUCUUUUUGCUUA